GCUUUGCAAGGGUGUGGUUCAAGUCUUUAUUUUCGAAGUCAAAUGUGUCGUUUGCAAAUUAAAAGUUUGCUGCUGUUACUGUAAAAAAAUGAGUACAUUAAUGACAGCGGAGAGCUAUCGUUUAUCUCAUUCUGAUGACAGAUUAUGAAUAAUAUAUCGAGUGUUUUGGAAUUUUGAAUUUUAUCGAUCCAACUUUCGAUCGACUUUGAUGUUUAUUUACAAUACUUUGCUGUGAACGUUGAAAAGUUUUAGCAAUAAUGGAUCACGACUGUGAAGAGCAUUCUUGCAAUGGCCUGCCUCUGAAGGUGGUGGAUUUGAUGAGAGAAAACCGGAAAGGCAUAGUUGCGUCUUCAUUAAAUGAAUUCAUUGAUCGAGCCCGGAAAAAACUAGGUCUACCGAAGGAAGCUCUAGUCAGAGUGGUACUGGAGCAAGAUGGGACUGAAGUUGAUGAUGAUGAAUAUUUCAGCACGAUGGAGAAGAACACAAGUCUAAUGGUACUUGUGGGUGAUCAGAGGUGGCUUCCUCCUGGUAAAAUCCCAAGGUACCAGAUAGUGGUGGACGAGACGGACGCCACCGGCAACCGGCUCAGCUCGAGCAAGGAGCUGACGGGCCUGGUGGACCGCCUCCACGGGGACCUGACGCACCUGUCCAUGCUCGGGGGCAAGGACCUGGAGCUGCUCAGCGACAUGGACCCGGACAGCCUUGCCGACAUCAUGCCCGACAACAGAAAGUUCCUGGAGCAGCUAAAGGAAGCUAGCGGAAGGUUCUUGUCAGAAAAAAGACAGGCACAGGAUGCCCUAGAGCUUCUCAAAUUGUACCAUGGGCAGCAGAACUUAGCACAGAAUAAGAAGGAGAAAGUGUGAGUGCUUAUCUUUAGUCUGUGCUAAGAAGUAAUGGUUGUUGAUAUUGCUGUAGCCACACCAAUGAAUGUUCAGUUUCCCCUGAGAAAGUAAUAAACCCCACAUAUCACGAAGAAGCAACUACCCCAGCCAUUCAACAUGGUCUCACGUCUUGCCAUAGCCUGGUGUGUAUUCACUUGUUUUACAAUACUUUAGCAGAGUUAAGUAAUACACUCUAUAGUGUUUGUCUGUUUCUGUACCACAUGUAACGACUGUCGUUUACGAGUUAUUCAAGGGAUGUUAAGUAACAGUGUGUAAUUAUUAAAGUGAAUUAUUCUUCGUUUUAAGUAUUGAAAAAGCUUUUCCUAUGUGUCUUUUAGUAAUUUAUUUUUGGUUAAUAUUUAUUGUUACACCAUUAACUUGUUUUUUAAGUAACUGGUUGAUUAAGUUUUGUAUGAGAAUCUGUGUAUUUUUUUCCUUAUUGACUAGAAUUUUUUCAUGCAUUAUGAAUUUCAGUUGACCUAAGCAGAUAUUUUCAUUUUGGAUAGUUUAUGUUUAAUGGUAAUGUGUCUUGUUGGUGGCAGUAAUUGAAAAUAUAAUGUACUGGUAAGAAAUGGUAGGCCUAGAUGGUGCACUAUUUAUUUGUUAUGUAUUUUUAAAUAGCUUUUUAGGUAACACUGUAACACUAGUUUGUAUGAUAAAAACAAUUUUUGAAAAUAUGAAUUGCUUUUAGCAAAACAUAGUGUGGCAAGCUAGGUUUGCAUUUGGCACAAUAUUUGAUAUACUCAUAUUUAUUAAAUUGAUAUUAAUGUUUCAAAAUAAUGUUAUUGUCAAGCACUAAGAUAUAAGUACUAGUAUUUUGUAGGUGCCAGUGUGACUUGGGUAAUGUUUGCGUGUGCAUUAUUUUUUUGUGGAUUCCUUAAAAUGUAUUAAAUACGAAAACACAUUAUGUCAUAAGUUGAAGGAUGAUAUGUUUGCAUUAUGGUUUUAUGCCUUAAACAUUUUAUAUCCUCCCACAGUAAUAGCAGAGGUCAUGUUUUACUGUUGGAUGUUUUGAAGAAUUGUUUUUUGAUUGAGUGAACUAAAUGUUCUGGGCCUCAUCACGUGCCACGGUGCCUCGUAGAACAAUCAAGGGGCAUAAAAUUUUCUGGGUGAGGACACAAAAAAUAUCUUGCAGCCAUAAUAAUCAAAUACUAUGCCUCUCACAUGUUUAACAUGUUCCUGCCAGAGGGCAGCUCUGUCAUGCAGAAAUUAUUAUUCGUGAUGUAUGAUCAGUUUCAGUAGGAACAUGGCUUAGCCCAUGAGAGUGGUGAAACCAGUGCUUUACUACAUAAGUCUUGGAGCUUUGAAGAAUUGAAGUCUCUGUACCUUAAGACGUUAGUGUGGAAUUUUUAUGGGAGUUUGGUUGUUUUAAUUGUCCUGUAUUUCAUAAGCAUAUUAAUUUGGGAGGUUAUCAAUUGGAUGUCUACUUCAUUAUUACACUAACCAUGUAUUAAUAGGGAUAAGAUUAUGUGGUGAAUUGCGAUAAAACAGAAAUAACUCCGGAAAGCAUGCUAAUGCACCAUCCAUAUAGACAGAAGUGCAAGUAGUACACUGUAAAACACUGAAAUGAUACCAAAAAUCAUUAAAUCAAUCAGUGUUUUAGCAGGACUUUAUACAUGUAUGCAUUAAUAUUUUAAAUUAAUGAAUUUAAUUUUUGUUGGCAUGAAGUUUGUACCAAAGUGUAUCAUGUAAAAGUGUAUUGGGUAAAAUUAAUUUUACUUUGUUUAAACUUGACUAUCUUAUAACAUUAUUAGCAACUCAUUUACACUUCUGACAUUGGUAUAUUUUCCAAACACCUCAAAAGUUAAUUUUCCUUCCAAAUAGUUCUUCCCUAGACAUACUUAUUACAAAUUAUUUUACUGUAAAAAUGAAUCACAUACAUAAUAAUUAAAAUGGUACUAUUUUGAUUAAAUAAUUAUUUAGAAAUAUAUUAGUCAAAUAUUUUUUGAAAACCACACUAUCUUUAUGAGAGAACUGGAUUUAUCAAAUUAAAAACAAUAAUGACAAAAUCUUUAAUUUUAAAAACAAAAUUGUCUAAAAAAUAAUACCAUAAAAUCUUGUCCUUAUGUAUUAAGUGUGAAUUGUAGUAAAAAAAAACACCAAAAAUAUAGAAAUACCAAAAUAUUUUUUAAAGGUUUCUGUUAACUUUCACAUUAAAAAAAUUUGAAUUCUUUAAUGCAGAAUUUUUGUCAUAGACAGGUAAUACACUCACUGUGCAGAAACUUUGUUUACAUAUAGUACAUUUUGUGAGGUACAGAUGUACCACUGCAUAAUUGAUGCAACACACUGCCGAGACACAUUGAAAUAAAUAACUGAGGAUUUGCAUUAACUGUAUAUUAAUUAAACACUUAGUGUGGGAAGAAACAGUUUAAUUCACAUCAUGUAAUGCACAAAGUGUUUCGACAUUGUUCAGCUGUUUUAAGGAUUAUUAUGAAAAGUUCUGAAUAUUUAAAAUAUAUUGCUGCUGUAUAAUAUAGUAAGAAUAUUAAUGUAUCCACUAGGAUUAGUUUGCAAUAUUACCUGACAGUAGUUUUAAAUCAGUAUUUUGAAACCGUACAUAUUUAUAAGCUGUUUGCGAAUAAGUAGUUAAUUUUUGUUGAUAGCAGAAGCAUAACAAUGGUUGAUAAAGUUAAAAAAUUGAGUUGUAGAAUGUAUUUAGAUGAAGAUCAGAAAAAUUUAAAUGCAAGGCUUAUUUGCAGAAUAGAAUAGUGCAUCAUUAUUUUAGCUAUGCAGUUGGUGCAUUUUAACAUACCAUGUGUGUAUAUAAAUCAAACCACAUAGCUGUUUUGUAUAUAUAGCUGAAGUAUUAAUUGUUUUACAUAGUUUUUACUGUAAUUUCAAACUUUUUUCAUUCAGGAGUUUAUAUGAUGUUAAAAACCAUUAAUUCUCUGUCUCAUUCGAGGUUAGAUGUAAUUAGUGUUGUUACUUCAAACUUGACGUAAUUAUUAAAAUGAGUUUUCAUAACACUCCUUUGUUUGCUAGGCGCUAGAAAACGGGGAAAAAAUGUCUCCCUUGUUUCAUUAAUAUUUUUUUAAUGCAGGAACCCAUUCAUCAUCUGUCUAGUAAAACACAUUUAGUUCCCCUCUCAUGCUGCAUCUAAAUCUUGUUAAAUUUAUGGCAUUGUGCAUUGGACAAACAUGCACUCACACAAUAAUGCUGGAGGAUUUUUUUUGUGUUUAAGUGUUGUUCUGUGUUUAUAGAUGUGCAGAAAUGUGAUUGUAUUAUUCCACCAUUUGGUGGAAUUGUUUAAUGUAAACUUAUGUUUAUUAGUUAAGCUAUUUUUAGGAUUCAUUGAAAACAUAAUGAAUUCUCUUGUAGUGUUUGAUGGAAUUUUGUAUUUUAUUUAUUACUUUGUUGUAAGGUAAAUAUGCACUUUUAUAUGUUAUUAAACUAGAUGUGUUUUUUUAUGUGAUCAAUGAAAAUAAAUUUGUUCAACAAUGUAUGUAAAGUUGGUACGUAAUUGUUUAGGCAUUCAGUAACAAUUUGUAGAUACGUAGUAUUGUAAUUUUGUGUGUUGCAUUCCUACUAUUUUCAUUAUGCCAAAGUAUUGAAGCUCCAUUUAAAUCAUGUUAUGCUGCAUGGGCUUUUUUAAGCCAUUAAGAGUGAAUGAAGAAAUGUCAUGCUUCUAGAAGUAAAUACAUGAAUGUUAAUCUAUUGUAGAUUUUAUAAACUUGCAGAUAAACUGACUUAUACACCGUUUUCAUGUUGGACCGGUUUUAUUCGUACUGAAACAAUAUGGAGACUUUCUAAUUCAGUUUAACUGCUCCCGUCUCUUCCAUGGUGGUAGUUUUUCAACAUGAUAAUUGUAUUCAGUAUGGUGUAAAUUUUUGAGAACAUAAAGGUUUAUGAUGUUUGUAAUGAUACUCAAAUUGGUACAUUUUAAAGUAAUAACAUUUAUGAUUCCUGGAUUUUUCAGUGAAAUAAGGCACUUAAACAUUCUAAAACAGGUUUUUUAGCACUGCCUUUCAUACCUUUAUAUCAUAUUUGUAAUAAAAAAAAUUCAUUUGCUAAUGACUUAAGAGAAACUAAGUAGGUUAUGUGUAAAUGGAAGAGGGAGUUAUUUGUUAAAAAUAGUAACUAAUAUUAAAGAAUUAAGUACUUGUGUGUUUAAAACUACACUAUUAUAGUAAUUUUAAAUUUGAAAAUGUGUGUUUGUAAAAAAAAGUAGUUAAUAUUUUUUAAAUAUUUAAAUUUGGUUUUGAGUUUGAUUUCUCUCUCUGUUUCAUUAUUGAACAGUUUAUUAUUUUAAAGACAGCUGAUUAAUAUUUUGAUAAACAUUAUUUUUAAUUUUUUUUUCAUAGGUGCAUUACUUAAAAAAAUAAGUAUUUUCUACAACUGAAAAUUAGUAGUGUACAAAGAUAUUUGAUUUACUAAUAACAAGGUAUAAAUAUUCAGUGGUAAAUAUACUAAGUCAAUUAGGUAAUUUAAAUGCUUGAUGAAUACAUAAUUGUGGCCAUGGCUGGAUUUUACAACAAAUCAGACUGAUCGUGGAUUUGACGAGCAGUUCUCCUUUUAUACGAGCAAGUGUGUGUGUGUAACAAUUCAAAAGACAAAAAUUGGAUGCAAAAUGAACAGUACUUAUUUAAUGAACGUGACAUUUUUUCAUAAAGUUUAAAUUUAAAAAAUCAAAUGAUUGAGCCAAAUGUUUUUUUUAAUAGAUGUUUCUGUUUAUAGUCUAGCUAUUGUUAUUGGAUUUUAUAAUCAUCACUAAAUGCAAAAAAAAAAAAAAAUAAAAAAUAAAAAAAAAAUGUUUUUAGUCAUUUAGGUUAGUCUAGUACAAUUGUGUUUUAUGUAGACUUUACCUAAGUGUUUUAAAACUUUUGUCUUUAUUAAAAUGUAUACCACAUAAAUACACCCAAGUUUAUUGGGGAGUUUUAAUCACAAAGUAAUUGGUGCACUUAUUAUAAGUGUCUUGUAAAUGAUGAAUAUUCCUUGUGUCUGUAAAAGCAUGCAGUAUUAUCUACUAUUAAACAAAAUAUUGUUUAGUUUGUGUCAGAUUUAAAUUAAGUACUGUACUGUGUUUAUAUAAGUGUGAAAUUCUGGAUGAAUUAAUUUUUGACGUGUCACAGCAAUAGUCUUUAACUGUUCAUACAUGUUUGUGAUCAUCAAAUUGUACCAUGGUUGCUGUGCAAAAAUGCUUCACUCUUACAAAACUUCAAAUGAGCAAGGUCACACAGGAAGUUCCAUACCAUAAGUACAUAUUUCACGCAAAUUACAAAUUAUUUUAUAUGAAAUUAUUCUUAGUACUUAAAGUUUAAAUGUAGACCCAGUUUUGUGGUGACUUUAAUAUCAUUUUCCAAUCAUUGUUAAUUGAUGGUUUUACUAAGUGGUUAUCAGAUUGGUUUUCGUACAUUAAUUUUAAUAUAUUUUAUAUGGAGAACGAAUCCAGUUAAAAACAGAAAUAGGAGGCCGGGGACAUUUUUCAAAAUAGUCAUAUUCCUGUGAGAAAUCUCAUAGGUUGUAAUUCUUAUGACUACUCACUGAUAAUACUGUGUCUCUGUUUCGUAAUUAGAUUCUUUAAAACUAUAAAAUUGUCAGAAAUUUGUUGUUUAUAUUUUUCUCCUCAUUUCUCCUCAUGCCUAUCCUCUUCUCAAUUGAAGAUGUUAUUUUUUUAUGCUAUUUAAGGAAACACAUUUUAUUCAAAAAUAUUUUGUUUCAUCAAUCAUCAGUAAAAAAAAAAGUGUGCAUUUGCAGUGUACAAAAUGCAAUGUCUGUUGGCUAGUGUGCAAACACUCAAUUCAUGUUCAGAUUUAUUAUAAUAAAACGUGCUUCGCAUAUUUAAGCACAUUAAAUUUUUAAUAUGGCAACCAUGCUACAGUUUGCUUCUACUGGGACCGUUAUUUUGGAUUUAAAUAGUAGAGUACUUUUGCAUGCAACAGUGAUAAAACACCGAAAUACUUAGGUAUGAGACAAUCAGAAUUGUUCAAAAUAUUGUGUGAUAUAUUGCAUUUGUGAACCAUAAAAAUUGUUUAAUUUUUUUUACUGUGUAAUCAUUUCUUGAUUCUUAUGUUUUUACAUCAAACAAAUUUAGUUUUAUUUUGUUUAGACUUAGACAAUAGUAUACAUAUGCAUAUUUAGAUAAUAUUGAAUAUGCAAAAGUUUUUAUACCUACCAUUAAGGUUUGUUAAAAAAUGGAACGAAGCAAUGAACAAACAAUUUUAUUCCCAAUAUAAUUCCACUUAUACGUCUUGUGAAUUUAAUGGGUAUUUGAUGUUCACCCAAUUUUUUUGAUACAUUUUCUCCAUUCUGUAUGUUUAACAUCUGUUUCUUUGUUGUAAGAUCAGAUUUAUUUUUGUGUUGUCAAUCACGUCAUAAUUAAGUUUUUGUUUUCACAUAUUUGUAGAAUAGUUAUUUAACCAGUCUCCCAUUACAUAUUUUAUUUUGUUUUUCUGGCUGUUUGUGUCGACCCGUAGCAUAGCAAUAAUACCUCGUCCCUGCCAUAGUGCUGUGAUGACCCUAGUUCGAACCAUCAGCGAGCUCAAAGUGAAAGAAAAAGAAUUUUUGGAACUGAGAGUUGAAAAGCUGCGUCUAACAUACAUGCAGUAUUUCGUCUUUUACUGUUUUGUCAGUUUUGUUUGUCGUGGCAUUGGCAUGCCACAUGCUGGAACUGUUAGUCCACCGUUGGUGUUUGCUUGCCAACAGAUUUGGUGUAGACAUGAUACUUAACUUUUGCAAAGUGAAAACCAAAAAUUCAUGUAAACUUGAUCUUGCUGUUUGCUGCUGGAGUUUUUACAGGCUAACUUUUGUGUGCAAAACAUCAAUAUUUGCACCUGAUUUGACACAAAAGUGGUUUUGGUGUUUCAUGGAAUUGGCUGAAAGUUUUUUAACCCUUUUUAAAACCCAUUAUUUUUUUGAAGGAUGUUUUAUUAUAAAAUUUGGUAACAAAAUUUUUAUCUUGGUGAAAGAAAUAUAUAGAAUAAUACAUUAAUACUAUGCUUUUUUUAAUAAAUUCACACAGUUGUAUAGAAAAAGUAAUAUUUUGGAAAUCUUAAGAACAUAAGUACCUAUGGCUUAAAUUUUUUCCACGCGGUAUUUAAUGCUUUCUUGUGUUUAGUGUGUUUACUAAUUAUUAUAACACUCUUAUUUUUUUUGAUCAAAAACCUUUUGACAGGUUGAUUUACAAGCGAAAAUGAUUUACAAGUGAAAAUUUUUUACCAUCACGAUUUUCAGAGUAAAGAAAAUUAACUUUAUAUGAAUUUUUUUUUUAUUUUUUUUUUUUUUACAUUUACGUAACUUUGUAAUCAUUCAAGAAUGUGAGCCAUGUAAUUGGUAGCCUUGAACUCACUUUUCGUCCACCCCAGAUCAUGCAAGACGGGUGCUCUCGAAGCAGAGGAAAUUCUGUUUGCAAGAAGACCAUGAUAUGGUUACACUUCUUUGCAAGAAUUUCAGUUUACUUUUCCCCUCAAAAAACAAAAGCUACAUAAAUUUGUGGUAAUCCUCACAGUGACUCAACAUCUCAAGUAAGUAUGCAAAUGAAAAAUACUCUGUGAACUUACUGUGUGAAUAGUGUUUUCUUCUAUUUGCUGUCAUUGGAAAGUUGCCUUAACAAUUUCCAUGGAUCACCAUGAAACGAGAGAGUGCCUUAUUGGUUCAGUUUUAAAGUUUGGUUCUUGUAACAAAGUGUCCCAUGUUCCUCCAAAAUGCAGAUAUUUGUGUCGUACAUGUGUUUUGUGAUAAUCAAUGACUCUGUGUUACCAUCACGAUUAAACCCACCAAAAUGUUGUAUCUUACUGUUUUUUAUCGUCAGAUUUAUCCACCAAAGAAAUUUUUGCUAAAUGUUAAAAGUUUUAGUGUGUAAAUUAAACAGCAGUUUUUUAUAUGGUAUUUAUUGAAACAGCUGAAUAAAUACAGUUGAUGGGUUGCGACAAGGGAAUUUAAUAGCAUCCAGUAACGUAUGAAGUAUGAAACCCAUUAUCAUUAUUGUGCAAGUGUAUUUAUGUUGCAAUUUUGGACUUGCACAUCAGUAUUUAUUCUGCCUGUACUGACAUGACAAGUGGUGUGAAUGAGCUGCUUACAGUUUUCUGAAUUUAAAGUGAAGACCAAAAAAUUGAAAGCUAUAGGAAUAAAGUUCUUGUUAAUGAUCUCUUAUGAAUUUUUCCUGAUCAAUCCUGAAAGUACCCUAUUAAUGUUUUAUGGACAAAUUUUAACAUGUCAUUUAACUGGAUGCAUGUGAAUUACAGGAUUGUUAAAGAAUGACCAGAUUGCACUUCUGGUUUGAUACACAGAGUUGUGAUUGAGAUGGGAUUUAAUUUUGAAAUUGUUAACCUGCAUGGCAUGGCAUGUUGGUGCAUCUGCUAUCUGUAACUCCUGUGCGUUUGUGGGAAUGUGAUCUUAGAGCUGCGUUCUGUGCACGUUAAGUUCACGUUUCACAGAAUGUCAGGUGGAAGUGUUCACUACAACCUAUGGCAGAUAGCUUUUGUUGUGCUAAAGAGCCAUGAUGAAAGGCAAAAAAAAGUAGAUAAGCAGAGCAACUGUCGGCACAUGGAGUGUGUAGUGGGGUCGUGUGUUAAAAAACUGAUGUGACAGUAUACAGUUCAGUGAAAGGCUACACACGGUGCAUUUGGCAGAAAGUUUGUCUUGCUUGAAGCAAGCAGUAUCAAGCAGCAGUGCUCUCUCUUGGAUGGAUUGACUCUCCCGUGAAGUUGACGCCAAGAGGAACUGAAGUGCAGUGUAGAUGCUGCUGGAUAUGUAAUUAAUUUUCCUCAGCAAAAUGUUUGCCCUUGCAAGAAGUGCCACAGUUAUUUCAUAAUAAUAUUGGUAUACAUUGGAAAGCGUUUCCUGUAGUUCCAGCCAGUGCAUGCAUGCUUGGGCACUAAAUUAAGAAAUAACCAUUUUAUGUACAGAUUGGAAGUGAAAUUUUUUUUCAGUUUUUAGGGUGGCUUGUUGCUAAAUAAGUACAUACAUAGUAUAUCUUAAGCACAACUAAAUAUGCAGUAAUCAAAAUAUUUGUAAUUUCUGUGUAGUGUUUGAUUUUGUGUAUUAUAAGGGUUGUAUUGAAAUGUUCUAUGGAGUAGUCAAAUUGCAGUCUGGUGAUGAAAGUUUUUGUCACUGUAACAGCAUUUUUUUUAAACAUGUUUUUGUUCAUGUGUAUUGAAGUCUAAUAUCUGUAAUUUGUUAGAGAAAUUUCAAGUAAAAAUGCAAUGCUUCAGAUUCACAAAACAAUUUGCUAUCAGUAAGAGAAAAUUAGUAUGUAAUGCUUGAUAAGAAUAAUAUUAUUUCACAGUAAUUCUUAGCAUGGGUUAUGUUGUUUAGACAGUGUUUAUUGGAAGACUGAUAGGCUGUGGGUUAAUAGAAAUCAAACGAUUGCUCAAGUUUUAUGACAUCUGUAGCAUACUUUUGCACUGAUUUGUAAUCUCAAGAUUUGUAUAUAACUGUGCAUGUAGAAAUAAAUAUUUAAAAUUAAA